AGAAGGUGGGGAGUGAAGAUGAAGGAGUCUCGGGCCUUCAGCGCGGGAGGCUGUGGGAGUAAGGAGUACUAGGGCAUCCCGAGAGCUGGCUCUGAAUGCUGGGGCAGGUUUGUGGGCCUUACUGUCAACCUAGCUGUGCAUGGUUGGCCCCUGGCGUCAAAGGCACGAACAGUUGAACCCCUAGAUUUAUCCUUGACAGUAAGAGCCCAACGGUGGGUGUUUCAGUUUUACAGCUUCUGUGAAGCCCUUGAGGCUCUAUACUCUUUGCCAUCAACACCCCUUCUGCUUCUCCAGGUAUACUAGAGACAGUGGCUCACUGUUUGCCUUUGGAAAAGCUGCUCUCUGGCAGGUUUGUGAAGAGAUUUAAUGUUCAGUUCACAAAAAGAUAUGGAAAACAGGACUAAGAGAGCUUGCCCAUUCAUAACAAUUCAGAGAAAUGGGAGUGCAGAUAAUCUUGCAUUCUGCAUGAAAAAUGGGCUGAGAAGAAUAAAGUAUAAGUCUGUAGACUAUCAACAGUUACGUGCAUUAACUGAAGCAAAGAAAUUAGCUGCUGCUUCUUUAGAGCAAAAGAUCAGAAAGGCAGCAGAGACUUCAAAAAAGUCUAAAGAACAAAUGCUCAUGAAACAGCACAAACACGUGUGGUGGCAGGAACAUCAACGGCUAAGUGAACUCAGAUGUAAAUUGGAAUCUGAAAUAAAAUCUUUUCUCAGUGAGGAGCACAUUGGAAAUGAUUGUCUUUGUGACCUUACAGAUUUUGAACGAGUAUUAUCAGAACAAUGGUGUAUAUAUCUUAAGGAUGUGAUAGAUCCUAUUCAUCAGCUGAGAACGGAUCUGAAGUUCAGGCAACAGACCUUACAGCGUUCACACCUGCAGACGGAGCUUAAUUCAGGCGCAGUGCUGGAAGAGGUUGACUUUGUGAAAAAGCAAUUGGAAGCUAUCUUUAGAAGCCUCAGCUGGGAGCAGCAGAACAUAGAAAAUGAUCUUUCAGACUAUACUGUAAAAAUAAUCAAUUAUUCUUUAGAAGAAAAAGCCAACCUGCUUAGUGAACUACCCACAGAAUUAGAAACUUUGGAAUGCCCAUACCCUGAACUGAAAUCUUCCAUCCUUAAUGAGUUCUUCAACUUUACAGAGAAAUAUCAGAACAAACUUAAUGAUUUUGAUUGGCAGUUAGAAGACAUACACAGAAAAUUUCAACUAAGUGAAGAAGAUCACUGGAUUUACCAGACUGUUUUAGGUCAGUAUCCUGGAGAUCUCAUUGGCAGAAGAACUCUGUAUCUGGACAUGUUGCAAAGAUACUUUCCUCACAAAUCUAGGCAUGAUUUGGUAGAACAUGAGAAAUAUUGCAGCCAAUACCACUUUGCUAGGGAACAGCGAAGAAUCCUGAUAGAAAACUGGAAUAAGAACAGGAAAGACUUCAUACGGAAGGCAGUGAUGACCCUCUUGGAGGCCUCUACCACUUAUGAUGUGGAAAUCUCAUUGGCCAAGGACAGGAAAAGGCAACAGGAUUUGUGCGCUGACCUCAGAGCCAAGGUAUUUCAAUGGCGUACCCACCAAGAAGAGGUGGCAAGAUUGGAAAUGGAAAUUUCUGCCAGAAGAAGAGUAAAGGAAGAGGAGAAAGAGAAAUUGUGGAGGAAGAAGGAAUUGUUGAAAAGGGAGGAGAAGAAAAACCAAAUAAGAAAAUACUGGGCUAAGAAAGAACAGAAAUGGCAAGAAAUGGAAAUGAGAGAUCUUCAGCGUCUAGAAGAACUGAAGAAAUUACUGGCUGAACAAUCAAUAAAAGACAGAGAAAGGGUUGAGUAUAGACAAGCAUUACUGGAAAAGCGUUUGAUGGAGCAAAAAGAAAUGGCCCUUCAGGAAGCCCACGAGGAUGAAGAGAGAGAGAAGAGACUUGAAGCCCUUCGGAAGCAGGUUGCAGUUGUUGCUGAAUUUGAUCCUGUUAGGAUGAUGUCAGACACAAUAGCAUCAAAGGCUAAGAUGGGUAUUGAUAUGGAAGAAGAGUUUAUUCUUCAAAAGCCACUCUUCACGCUGCAUACAUACAAUGAACAGCAGAUAAUUUCUGAUCCUAGACUUCGCUUUGAAUUAGCACUUCGCAAAGCUGGACUUCAUAAAACAUUGUAUGCCAAAGAGACAUUGCCAAAAAUCAGUCCGCAAAAACCUCCAAGAAAGGACAUGGAGUCUACUGUAUUUAAAAUCUAAGCCUUAUGCUAAAAUCUAUAAUAUGUAAACAAGAUUUUUUGAGAACAUUAUAUGAGUAACAAUGAUUAUCAUUUUCUAAAAGAUCAGACAAAGAACUCAUAUCAUCUAUUUGCCCUUCCUUCAUGAUGAUUAAAAUUUUACUUACAAUUUCCCAUAUUUUAUUUUAAGUAUAAGAUUUAAUUUUCUAUAUUUUCAAGUUACAUUUAAUAGUAACAAGUUCACCAAGAUAAUGUUCACUUGGUCCGUACACUGUCACUCAGUGAGCUGAUUUGGGAGGUUAUCACAUAGAAAAGAUCAGAAUAACCAUUUGCAAGAAUUAUAAAUGAUAUAGCUUCUGUCUGUGAAUGUCCAUUUCUGCUUGUUAUUUCAGAAUUUGGCUUUUUAAUUGUAAGACCUUCAUUAUCAUUAAUACUUCUAUUAUUUUGUUAUUACAAAAGGAGAUCCAACCUUUCUCUAAAUUUAGAAACCAAUUUGGUAUACCAUGUUUAUUGCAAACCAGUCAUCCAAACAAUUUCAUUUUGUAAAUUAGCCCUUAAAAAGAAAUUAGAAAUUACAAAUAGCAAUUCAAGCAUGGGAGCAUCUAUUCUAGUUUGAGAAAGUAAGGUAUUUCUGUAGCUGUUUAAACAGAAUACAGAAAUAUUCGUGAUAUUUAAAAUGCUGUCAAAA